AUGAGUGCCGUUGAGAAUGUCGCCGGCGGAAUAUCGAGCGAGGCCGUUUCCGUCAAGAAUCAAAUCCUUGAGACUGGGGCGUCGAUAGCUCAGACUCAUCGUCCUUGGCCUCAAGGUCUUCGAAUAGAGAAUCUGCAAGCUGACGUGAUCACCAUCUCCUCAGACGUCCGGCAGUGUCUCAUAUAUGAAAGCCCAGUGCCAAAUGCCCGCCUCAUCGGCAUAGAGUAUAUGAUCACUCCAAAGUUGUAUGGGACGCUCUUGCCAGAGGAGCGCAAGCUGUGGCAUUCUCAUGUUUACGAAGUCAAAUCUGGCAUGUUAAUCAUGCCUGGACCCAACUUAGUUCCCAAUGCGGCAUGGGAGGUCGCGGAAACUAAGGAAAUGGAAGAAGUCAUUGGACUUUAUGGCAAGACGUAUCACUUUUGGCAGGUUGACCGUGGCGACAAAUUGCCACUUGGUGGUCCAGAGUUAAUGAUGAGCUUCACGGAACAGAGACAAGGUGAUGUGAUUGGACUCAAGGAAAUUAUUCAAGACCGAGACGAAAGAUACGCCGUCAGCUCUGAGGAGAAGGCGAAGAAACGCGAAUACAUUGAAGAGCCCAAAGUCCACAAAGACGCUGAUAGCGUAUGGAAAGAAGAGCCAACAGGUGCAUCGAAACUGACGGGUAAGAUACGACGUAACCCAGUCUUUCUUCGUCGUUGCUAA